AUCGGUGAGUGGUGAUUGGGCUCGGGUUAGGGCAGAAUUGUGGAAUGGAGGUUUUAAGAAUGGCCAACUCUAGAUGGAUGCAGAGAAGCUUUCCCCGAUCGAGUUGCUGAGAAUUCGAAGCUGGAUACGUGGCGGCAGGAGUACUCCUGAGAAUACAGUCAAAAGAAAGUUCUCCAAAACAGAGCAGUCUGAAAUUGGGGUUGGCAACAGCAUUGGUGAAGAGACAAGGAUUAAGAACGGGAAUCUUGUUUUAGUGACCAACUCUUGUGGAAAAGUGGAAUCAUCUAGGAAAAUUUCUGAACCUAUAGAAGCUCUUUAUGAAGACUCUGAUUUGGGAAGGGAGCAGGCUAAGCCCAAGGAGAAGACUGACUAUAAAUGCUGAGAAUGUAGGGAGGGAAUUAUCCAGCAUUCAGACCUGAUUGAACAUGGACUUGUACCCAUGGGAGAAAAGCUCAGUGAAUCUGAAGGCUGUCAGAGUUCUACUCUUACUGGACAUCAGAAAAUUCUUUCUAGAGAGAAAGGUCAUCAGUGCCAUGAAUGUGGGAAAGUCUUUCAGAGAAGCUCACAUCUUGUCAGACAUCAGAAAAUCCAUCUUGGUGAGAAGCCAUAUCAGUGCAAAGAGUGUGGAAAAGUCUUCAGCCAGAAUGCAGGCCUUUUGGAACAUCUCAGAAUCCAUACUGGGGAGAAACCUUAUCUAUGUAUCCAUUGUGGAAAGAACUUUAGGCGUAGCUCUCACCUUAAUCGACACCAGAGAAUUCAUAGUCAGGAGGAACCUUGUGAAUGCAAGGAGUGUGGAAAAACAUUUAGUCAGGCCUUGCUCCUCACCCACCAUCAGAGAAUCCACAGUCAUUCCAAAAGCCAUCAGUGUAAUGAGUGUGGGAAAACCUUCAGUUUGACCUCAGACCUUAUUCGACAUCAUAGGAUUCACACUGGAGAAAAACCUUUCAAGUGUAAUGUAUGCCAGAAAGCAUUCCGACUUAACUCACACCUCAAUCAGCACAUAAGAAUCCACAAUGAAGAAAAGCCCUAUGAGUGUAAUGAAUGUGGAGAAGCCUUCAGACAGAAGUCAGGUCUCUUUCAGCAUCAGAGACAUCACCACAAAGGCAAACUGGCUUGAUGAGGUGUUCUCUUCCUGUAGAACAUCAGAAAGUAUACAUUGAGAAGCAAACAGCACUUUAGGAAAAGUUAUUCUGGCCAACAUCAGAAUUCUUAGGGAUUGAGUUGGAAGCUGUUUGCCUCUAUUCUCUGUCCUUUGCUUUCCUUGAAGUUAGUUUUGGAGCCAAAUAAUUUCACCCUCGACAGUAUAGUGAGAUCAGAGUUAAAUAGCAUUCUUUACUAUAAGACUUCUCAGAAUUUUUAAUGUGUUAAUGAAUGAUUAUAGAUCUCCAAGAAAUAGCCUCAUGACUAAGUGAGGUCUUUGAAAUUAUCAGCAAAUAUAAUGUCCACUGAUUCAUUAGACUUGUGUCAGUCAGGGGCAGGUUGAUAUUUUUUGCAAAUGAUAUAGCAACAGACUCCUAUAAAACUCAUGAUGUUUGGAAGUAUACCACUCUCAAAGUUGUCUUAAAGUAUGGGUUAAUAGUGAAUACUUUUCCCUAACAGGCUCUACCCCUCCCUCCCACUAGCCUUACCUUUAUCCCUCCAACUCUACCUCCCAUGCACAGAGGAAGCAUUUUGGAAAGCAAGGAUGAUCCUUUCCUGGUUAAUAAUAGAACUUGCCUUCAGAAUUAUGUCAUUUCAUUUUUACACUUUCCAUCCCUACCCCAAUAUCAUUAAUUCAAGAUAUUAAUCAAAGUUUUACAAUCUGUGGAAGAGAUAUCACAUUUUGAACUGUACUGAAUUAAUCCAAAUAGCAACUGUCUUACUUGGUAACUCCAGUGCCAGUACAGUAACUACUGCAUAUAUACUAUUCAAUAAAUAUCCACCAAAAGAUAUUGGACUUAUUCCCUUUAAUAUUGAUGAUGCAGUUUUUAAAUGUUGCUUGUUUUGGAAUUCUUUGAAAAGUCAAAUAAUAAAAUCAUCUUGGAGAGAA